AUGUCGGGAGACUCCUUCUUGCUUACUCAGACUUACCCGGAGCCUACGCCACCUGGCCAGAGGUGCCGCCCUGGGGACCAGGAGGCCCUCUACGGGACAGGUCUGCCCCUUUCCCCCCGGGGAGUCACCCUCUCCCCGCCCAGUCCCCCAGAUGUCUUCGUCAUCAAUAAUUCAUUAAGAACCUCCUCUCCAUUGGCUGAUGCCUACUGGCAGAAGCCCAAUGAGGAAGGACCUGAGAGAGGCCUUCUGAAUAGUGAACAAGCUCCCGUGACGUCGAGGCCGGUGAUUGGCUUGUCGGCUCGAGGCGGGGCGGGCUCGGGCGGCGGCGAGCGCUGUUGGGACGGCUCAGUGCUAGCCUGGACGGUGGCAGCCCGAGCAGGCGGCGGCCUGCGCUCCCUCUACCUGCGCAAGGUGCUGCCGCUGGAGGAGGCGUACCGCUUCCACGAGUUCCACUCGCCCGCGCUGGAGGACGCCGACUUCGAGAACAAGCCCAUGAUCUUGCUGGUGGGUCAGUACAGCACCGGCAAGACCACCUUCAUCAGGUACCUGCUGGAGCAGGAUUUCCCCGGCAUGAGGAUUGGUCCAGAGCCCACCACCGACUCCUUCAUCGCUGUGAUGUAUGGCGAAACCGAGGGCAGCACCCCUGGAAAUGCUUUGGUUGUGGACCCCAAAAAGCCUUUUCGAAAGCUGAGUCGCUUUGGAAACGCUUUCCUGAAUCGGUUCAUGUGCUCCCAGCUGCCCAACCAGGUCCUGAAGAGCAUCAGCAUCAUCGACAGCCCCGGCAUCCUGUCCGGGGAGAAGCAGCGCAUCAGCCGAGGGUAUGACUUCUGCCAGGUCCUGCAGUGGUUUGCCGAGAGGGUGGACAGGAUCAUCCUGCUCUUCGAUGCUCACAAACUGGACAUCUCAGAUGAGUUCUCGGAGGCCAUCAAGGCCUUCCGGGGCCAGGACGACAAGAUCCGCGUGGUGCUGAACAAGGCCGACCAGGUGGACACGCAGCAGCUGAUGCGGGUCUACGGGGCCCUCAUGUGGUCCCUGGGCAAGGUCAUCAACACGCCCGAGGUGCUGCGCGUCUACAUCGGCUCCUUCUGGGCACAGCCCCUGCAGAACACGGACAAUCGCCGGCUCUUCGAGGCCGAGGCCCAGGACCUCUUCAGAGACAUCCAGAGCCUCCCCCAGAAGGCGGCGGUGCGCAAGCUCAACGACCUCAUCAAGCGAGCAAGGCUGGCCAAGGUUCACGCCUACAUCAUCAGCCACCUGAAGAAGGAGAUGCCAAGUGUGUUUGGGAAGGAAAACAAGAAGAGAGAGCUUAUCAGCAGGCUGCCAGAAAUCUACAUUCAGCUGCAGCGAGAGUACCAGAUUUCCGCAGGGGACUUCCCUGAGGUCAAGGCAAUGCAGGAGCAGCUGGAGAACUACGACUUCACCAAAUUCCACUCCCUGAAGCCCAAGCUGAUCGAAGCGGUGGACAACAUGCUGAGCAACAAGAUCUCGUCGCUGAUGAGCCUCAUCAGCCAGGAGGAGAUGAGCAUGCCCACGCAGCUCGUGCAGGGCGGCGCCUUCGACGGCACCACCGAGGGCCCCUUCAACCAGGGCUACGGGGAGGGCGCCAAGGAGGGCGCCGACGAGGAGGAGUGGGUGGUGGCCAAGGACAAGCCCGUCUACGACGAGCUCUUCUACACCCUGUCGCCCGUCAACGGCAAGAUAUCGGGUGUCAACGCCAAGAAGGAGAUGGUGACCUCCAAGCUGCCCAACAGUGUCCUGGGCAAGAUCUGGAAGCUGGCCGACUGUGACUGUGACGGCAUGCUGGACGAGGAGGAGUUCGCGCUGGCCAAGCACCUCAUCAAGAUCAAGCUCGACGGCUACGAGCUGCCCAACAGCCUGCCCCCCCACCUCGUGCCCCCCUCUCACAGGAAGUCCCUGCCCAAGGCCGACUGAGGGGUGGGCCGCGGAACAGGGCGGGCGGUGGGGUGGGGAUCGGGGACCCGGGCCUGCUCUGCCGCUGACUCACUGAAUGGCCUUGGGCAAGCCACUGCCCACCCUGUGCCUCGGUUUCCCCCUCUGUAGAAUGAGGAGGGCAGACCCUGGACACUAGACGAGGUUCUUGCACCUCUAAAAUUCCCUGCGUGUCUAUUAAAGUUUUGGGGGCUGGGGGAACAGACAAGGAGAUUAAAGGGUUAAGAAGAAAGGGAGAUUGUCCUCAGAGUACUGGAAGCCCCAGGACUCUCCCUGGGCUGUGUCCUCACGGUGAGCCUCUGUAGUCCCUGUCUGUCCCUCAGAGGGCACCAGAGGCAGCGGCCAACGGUCUUAUUUAUUUCAUUUAUUUCCUGCUGUGUGCAGAGUGGGAAAAACAGAGCAGAGGGCUUCUGCCGCCUCCGCAGUCUGCCAGGGGAAGGCUGGCGCCCCAGGUUUGGAAAGAGGAUGCACUGGGUGUGCGUGCGCCCUGUCCCCUCUGCAGGCGCCAGCCCGGCAGGCAGUCAGGCCCCUCCCAGACCUUCCCUGCAGGGUUGUACUUGGGUAGGAAUUUGGAACUCAGACUUCUGGUUUGCAUUUCAAGUCAUGUUGAAGUCCGAAGAUCAGCUCUCCUUCUUGGCAUGCCCAAUAAAUUGUAGCAAAGCCCAUUUAUCAAACUUAAGCCACGGGAAGGAAGAGGUGCCUCUCCUCAGCCAGCUCAACUGUGGAAGUCCUCAAGGCCCCUUGGCUGAUGGCAGGAUUUAAAUCUGCAAAAAAACGUGUCUUGCUUGGUCAGUGCAGUGUCCUGGCCCUGGGGACACAGGCAGACUGAGGGACCAGCCUUGCCCUGGGCUGUCGGGUAAGACCUCAGCCUGCUAGAGUCAGUCAGGCCCUGUUCACAGAACGCAGGCAGUUUAUUAUGGCUGGGUGUGUUUUUGUUUUUAUUUUCUUAUAGGAUAAAAGCCUUGAUACAGAAACAAAAUGAAAUCUUUCCUACAAAACCUUUUCUUCAAAGGCUGCGUGGUUUGUAUGGUGAAUGCCCGUCAGCGGCAGGAUUUGAACACUUACCGCUCUGGCUCCUGAGUGUCUUCCCCGGGGAACCCCCCCCCGCCGUCCCGCUCAAAGGCCGUGCCAGGGGAAGGUGGGCAGUCCUCACGGCCGCCCUCGUGCCCUGUGGCACCAGCUCGUGCAGCGGGUGCCAUCGCCACGAUUUCCGCAGUGAGACAGACGAGGAAUGGCGCGCCACGGGUGGGGGCCCUUCCGGCCCCAGAACAGUCCCACUGAACCUUACAAGAAACUUUUUUUUUUUCUGUCACCGCAUCUGGCAAGAAGUCACCUCCAACAGAGUCAGAACUACAGAUUAAGAAAAUACUGAAUCGGAGGCAGCAUUGGCCCAGGUGCUAACUCUCACACGCCCUAGCUCGCUCGCUAAGUCAUUUAGAUUUAAGAGAAGCACACGCGUAAUGUGGCUUUUACUCUUAGCAUGCUGAGAUUAAUUAGAGCAAAACCCUCAACGCCCGCGCUGUACAAUGAGCGGAGCGAGCGUGUGAGUGGCUGCACGAGGCUGCCCGUGUCUGUAGGUGCAGUGAGGCCCCCAGAGUGAGGCAGCUGGGAGGAAAGGGUAAAGUCCACGUGUCCAAAGAUUGAGAGAGGCCAAGGAGAGCUGACUGUCCGUCCAGGAUAUUCUCGCUUCUCUAACUGUGCUCAGUUUUCAUGUAUAAACAUAUUCACCUGUAUGUGCCACAUAGGUGUGUUUCGUUUUUUUUUUUUUUUUUUUUUAAUUUGCCAGAGGGCCUGUACACUCACCAGAGAGCCAGAGAGAGGGAGGGAAAGUGAGAAAGCACCUCGUGUGGGGAUGGUCACGCUGCGGUCCCUUCUCUUCCAUUUCUCAGGGGAUUUGGGGCACAUGGCACACAAGCCAGGCGUGUUUUUCAGGUCCGGGACUUGAACUCUGGUCGGCCAUGUGGAGUCCAGCUGCCUUAACCACCAUGCCACUGGCUGGCCCAAGUAUGUAUUUUUCAAACUUGUCAAUAUGGGCGUAUGUGUAGAUGGGCACGGUUCAUCUCCACAGAGACAGAGAGGAAGCUGUUUUUAGGGGGCAGCCAGCUGAGAUUUCUGGUUCUCCGUGGAAGGAAAGUUGCGAUCUCCCUCCCGCACACCUCAGGUGGGAGAGACUUCUGGCAGCUGUCAUUUCCCUGCAGGGACCUGGUGAUGUUCUUGGGGAAGAAGAAAAGGAAAUUGAGUGGCCACUGUUCAUCCCUUUGCUCCCUCCGGGGGCGGGUGGGUAGUGUGGGUUUUUUCCUAGAAGGGGUCUCCUGCCUCAGCCCCUCCAAUAGCGUGGGACCACCACACCCGGCUCUCUCUUUCCUUAAUGUCCUCACUUACAACAUGAAGUCUCUCAUCCCGAAAGUCACUGGGGAGGAAAACAGUGGCAAACAGGGAUGGCGACCAAGUGGGGACUUCAAAAGGUUUGUGGAAAAAUGGAAUUACGCUGCAAAUUUAGUUUGGUGCAAAAGAGUUGAAAUCCAUGGAUGUUUUUUUAAUUUUUUUAUGAUGAGAACUUUUUGAAGACCCCUUGCCUGCUCCCAAGACCAUCCCAAAGUUCGAGGCCAUGUCCAAAGCACCAGGUCUCACCUCGCCUCCCCGCAGCUGAGCAGCGGAGGCCUCUCGGGUCAACUCACCUGGACCCCGUUGCCCUCCCCACACCCCCCUGAUUCUCAAAGUGCCUCUCAGAGUGUUUAUAUGUGGGGGAGCGAGGAGGGAGGAAGCCCCCAAACUCAAGAGCUAGAACACGGUCUUCAUGCCCUCCACGAUGCCACAGAGGAGAGAUCUGGAAGCCUUACUGUCUACACAGCAGAUGGUGUCACAGCGCAGACCUCUGCAGCCUUGAGUUUAGGGGGAAGGGACAACCUCAGCCUGUCCCUCCUGAGGUCCCUCCUGAAACCGUAAAGGAACUUUGCACCAAACCUGCCAAAACUCCCCAGCUCCGCAGUGACAGGCAGGUGCCCCCUGCUUCGGCCUCCAAGUCCAGCCCAGCAGCCAGUACCGGUUCUCAGGACCGCAGACGCCCUCCACAUUUGCGUAGGCUGCGCCGUUUCUCAGAGGCCGGGCUCCGUCCUCUGGAACAUCUGCCUUUAUGCAGCGACGACAUCUUCGGACUUGGGGCUGUGAUUCCUCCCAGGACCGUGGCCUGGAGGGGCUGAUUCUUAUGCUGUCUCAUGGGCCGGGUGUCCAGGCAUGUGAGGAGAAGCAAAAUGCCCCCCCCUUCCUCCAAACCCUCCCCAUCACCAGCCCCCAGGAGAGACCUCGGCCGGAGGUCCCUGCCCUGACCGCAAGAUUGCAAUCCUCGCCCAGAAUGCUGCUGGGCCUCGUGAGGGGCCACCUCUGCCCUCCUGGAAUGCCUUGUACUGGUCUGCCAUCCAGGGCAGGGCCCACCCACUGGGGCACUGCCAGCACCUGUCCACUUUCCACAGUGGCCCUUCUCCAUUCUGCCCAGAGCGUCCUGGGGACAUGUUGCCGCGGUGGUAGGAAAGCAUUUUACUGUUCAUCUCUGCGGAACAGAGAGAAAGAUGACCGUUCAGCGCUGGGUUUAUUCAGGAAGCCAGAGGCCUCAUUUAAAAGAGUAUAUCGGGUGACCUGUCAGUUAACCACACAGUUAAUACACAAUGCUUCUAUAGUUUUUUUUUUUCCUUUUUGUAAUCUUAUUUGGAAGUGUCAAAAAAAAAAAUGAUUCAGUCUACUGAUCAAUAAACUUCUGGAAGAAUCA